UUCCAACAUGGAGGAUCUGGUAGCUGUAGAGAAGAGCCCGGAAGACAUGCCGGCAACACUGAGUUCCAGACCCCAGACAGGGCUGUCCUUCCUGGCACCUGAACCAGAGGAUCUGGAGGACCUGUACAGCAGAUAUAAGAAGCUGCAGCAGGAGCUGGAGUUCCUGGAGGUGCAGGAGGAAUACAUUAAAGAUGAACAGAAAAACCUAAAGAAAGAGUUUCUCCACGCUCAGGAGGAGGUGAAGAGGAUACAGAGCAUCCCACUCGUCAUUGGCCAGUUCCUGGAAGCUGUUGACCAGAAUACGGCUAUUGUUGGCUCCACUACAGGGUCCAACUACUAUGUGCGCAUCCUGAGCACCAUCGACAGAGAGCUGCUGAAGCCCAACGCUUCAGUGGCCUUGCACAAACACAGCAACGCCCUGGUAGAUGUGCUCCCUCCUGAAGCUGACAGCAGCAUCAUGAUGCUGACGUCAGAUCAAAAGCCAGAUGUGAUGUAUGCUGACAUUGGUGGUAUGGAUAUCCAGAAGCAGGAAGUCAGGGAAGCAGUGGAGCUGCCACUUACUCACUUUGAACUCUACAAACAGAUUGGUAUUGACCCACCCAGGGGUGUCCUUAUGUACGGCCCUCCCGGUUGUGGUAAGACCAUGUUGGCCAAGGCUGUGGCUCAUCACACUACAGCUGCGUUCAUCCGUGUGGUUGGCUCUGAGUUUGUUCAGAAGUAUUUGGGUGAAGGCCCUCGUAUGGUGCGUGACGUCUUCCGGCUGGCGAAAGAAAAUGCUCCUGCCAUCAUUUUCAUUGAUGAGAUUGAUGCUAUCGCCACUAAGCGCUUUGAUGCACAGACUGGAGCUGACAGGGAGGUGCAGAGAAUCCUGCUUGAGCUGCUUAAUCAAAUGGACGGCUUCGACCAGAACGUCAACGUCAAGGUGAUCAUGGCCACCAACAGAGCAGACACACUGGACCCAGCCCUGCUGCGCCCUGGUCGUCUGGACAGAAAGAUUGAGUUCCCCCUGCCUGACCGCAGGCAGAAACGUCUCAUUUUCUCCACCAUCACCAGUAAAAUGAACCUCUCCGAGGAGGUUGACCUGGAGGACUAUGUGGCCAGACCAGACAAGAUCUCUGGAGCUGAUAUAAACUCCAUCUGCCAGGAGGCUGGCAUGUUGGCAGUGCGUGAGAACAGAUAUAUCGUCCUGGCCAAAGACUUCGAAAAAGCUUACAAGACCGUGAUCAAGAAGGAUGAGCAGGAGCACGAGUUCUACAAGUAGAGAAACAACCCUAUCCAGGAAACAACCGUGUCCAGACACACAAGUUUAUUGAUUUACGUCUUGUCUGUAUCUACAGUGUGUCUUAAAAAUCCAUUAAAGUUUUCCAUAAAAAAGA